GAUUCAUAUCACGUCAAAUUAUGAUCAGGAAAUAAAAUACACUGGUUCGUGCCUUUUACUAAAAAACCUAUCCCUAAACCCAUUAUUUCUUUUUUAUCAGAGCCUCUAAACCCUUUCAGGCUUUCUGUUUGUUUCUCCUCCUAUCCAGAAUCCAAUAUUAAUUUGCAGCAAAGGGUUCAAAGGGAAAUGCAGAGGUGCUUGUUGUCUUCUCCUCCUACUAGUAAUUGUGCAGCACUGCGUCUUCACCCGUCGUUGAUGCCAAAGUUUCAGCUCAAGGUUGUUAAACUUAUUUCUUCAAUACCAUCUCACCCUAGAUUUAAGAAACUCAGACCCCCUUCAAGCCUCAUGCCUAGCUAUCCGAAUUUCGCAACUCUUCACAGUGCCUUUACAUUUGCUUUGCCGCCCAACCACAUAACUUACACACUACCUCGGAAUAGAAAUGUAAUCUCUACAUGUGUGACUCCCCAGGCUAUGCGAUCAACCUCAGCUUUUGUGCCUCUUUUCAAAAUGUUUUUUUCUCACUCCCCUCCAGUGGCAACUAAGAACGAUGGUAUGAGUGUUAGAGAUGGAAAGAGUAGUGGCUUCAGCUUCAGACGGUUUCAUAGGCAUUGGAAGAAGCUAAAGGGAGUGGCUGCUCUCAAAGGGGACAAGGCUGCACCUUUUGAGUCACCUGCUUCAACUUCACUGCUUAACAGUGCUAAACCGGACUCUACUUCAAAUUCACUGGUUAACACUGCUAAUCCAGACUCUACUUCUACUUCAUUGGUUAUCAAUGCUAAGCCAGAAUCUAAAGCUAGUCUGAAAAAGAAAAAGCAGUCGAGAAGCAAGAACAAAAAGGAACAGGUUUCUAGCACUGUUGUUUCAGAGGAAACACCUGUGGCGAAAAGCUCUAAAACUUCUUCUCUAGUAGGGACUUCAAAUAUUAGCAAAAAAAAUGGUCAGCGUCUGAAACAGACUUCAGAGAAAAUUUCAACUGGCAACUUACUUACUGAAGCUCCUGAUGGUUCUGCUUCAACCAAGAAGCAAUCCAAAAAGAAUAGUACAGGCUCAGGCAGAAAAAGGCAGCCAGUGGCAGAUGUUCAUGAGCCAGUUCAGAAACAGGUGCAGAAAAAUAUAUCUCAACGAGAAAAGCCGCUGAAGCAGCUAUAUCCUCCCACUGUGAAGUCUGUUAUGGUGGUUGAAUCUGUCACAAAGGCGAAGGUUAUACAGGGCUACCUUGGUGAUAUGUUUGAAGUCUUGCCUAGCUACGGUCAUGUUAGGGACCUAGCUGCUCGGUCAGGAUCUGUGCGACCGGAUGAUGACUUUAGCAUGGUAUGGGAGGUCCCUAGUGCUGCAUGGACGCAUCUUAAGAGCAUCAAGGUUGCACUGAGUGGAGCAGAAAAUCUUGUUCUCGCAUCAGACCCAGACCGCGAAGGAGAGGCUAUUGCUUGGCACAUCAUAGAGAUGUUGCAGCAGCAGGAUGCUUUAGGUGAAAAUGUUACUGUAGCAAGAGUUGUCUUUCAUGAGAUAACUGAGGCAUCCAUCAAAAGUGCUCUGCAAAUGCCACGGGAAAUUGAUGUAAACUUGGUACAUGCUUAUCUUGCUAGACGUGCUCUUGAUUAUCUGAUAGGGUUUAACAUUUCACCACUAUUAUGGAGGAAACUACCGGGUUGCCAGUCUGCUGGACGGGUGCAAUCAGCUGCUUUGUCUCUUAUUUGUGAUAGAGAAACAGAGAUUGAUGAGUUUAAACCACUGGAGUAUUGGACUAUUGAGGUUCGCUUUGAAGAACCAAAUUCUUUCCCUGCACACUUAACUCAUUUUAAUUCCAAGAAGUUAGGUCAAUUCUCAAUCAGUUCAGAUACAGAGGCAAAGGAUGUUCAGCAGAAGAUUAAUAUAGAAAAUUUUAAAGUGAUCAACUCUAAAAGAAAUACAAUGCGAAGAAACCCACCUGCACCCUACAUAACAUCAACACUUCAGCAGGAUGCUGCAAACAAAUUAAACUUUCCUGCAACAUAUACAAUGAAGCUUGCUCAGAAGCUUUAUGAAGGAAUUCAAUUGUCAGAUGGUAAGGCAACUGGGUUGAUAACAUACAGCAGAACAGAUGGGCUACAUAUUUCUGAUGAAGCUGUCAAGGACAUUCGCUCCUUGGUUAUGGAAAGAUAUGGGUCCCGGUUUGCCCCAGAAAAUGCAUGUAAGUAUUAUAAGAAGGUCAAGAAUGCUCAAGAAGCACAUGAAGCGAUUAGACCCACCAAUAUUCGGAGGUUACCAUCUAUGCUUGUUGGAGCACUUGAUGAAGAUUCAUUGAAGUUAUACACUCUUAUUUGGUCAAGAACAAUGGCAUGUCAAAUGGAACCUUCAAUCCUAGAGCAGAUACAACUUGAAACUGGGAAUUGUGAUGAGUCCAUCAUUUUCCGAUCUUCAUGCUCAAGAGUAGAGUUCCUUGGUUAUCAGUCUGCUUAUCAGGAUGUGGAAUCUGGAACAAUCAGAUUUAAGGAUAAUGAAGCCAGCCAUACUGCUGAGGCUUUUGGCAUUCUUAGUUCCUUGAAGAAGGGGGAUCAAUUAUGUAUUGGUGAAGUAGAAAUCAAGCAGCAUCAUACUCAGGCACCACCACGGUAUUCUGAAGGAUCUUUGGUUAAGAAACUGGAGGAGCUUGGAAUUGGUAGACCUUCGACAUAUGCCUCAACAUUGAAAGUUUUACAGGAUAGAAAUUAUGUGACAGUAAAAAGUCGUGUACUGUAUCCUGAAUUUCGCGGUCGCAUGGUCUCAGCAUUUCUCUCUCACCAUUUUUCUGAGGUCACUGAUUACAGUUUUACAGCUGAUAUGGAGACAGAACUUGACAAUGUUUCUGUAGGCUUAACUGAAUGGAAAGGGCUCCUUAGGGACUACUGGACACGUUUCAGCUCAUAUUGUAGUUGUGCUGAAAGUGUUCACAUUCAUCAGGUGGAGAAGAUGUUGGAAAAGACAUUUGGGGAUUUCUUGUUCGCUUCUCUCCCUAAUAAAAGCAGGACAUGUCCAAGUUGCAUGGAGGGAACGUUAAUUUUCAAAGUAAGUAGGUUUGGCGCAGGCUAUUUUAUAGGGUGUAACCAACAUCCAAAGUGCAAAUAUAUUGCUAAGACAUUAUAUGGUGAUGAGGAGGAAGAAGAGAGCCCUCAAAAGAGCAACACUGUCGAGGAGCCAAAACUGUUAGGUCUUAAUCCAGGGUCCAAUGAGAAGGUUUUGUUAAAGAAUGGCCCUUAUGGAUACUAUGUGCAGCUUGGAGAAGACAGGACUGGUUAUUUACCUAAGCGGUCCUCUGUUUCUCAUAUAAAGAAUGUGGAUACCAUCACCCUCGAAGAUGCUCUUGAGCUGCUGCGCUACCCUGUAACAUUGGGAGAACACCCUAAGGAUGGGCACCCUGUGAUACUGAAGCUUGCAAAGGUUGGAUUCUCAGUUCGCCAUCGACGCACCACAGCUUCUGUUCCCAAGAGUAUGAAGCCGAAAGAUGUCACCCUAGAGAAAGCAUUGGAUCUUUUGUCAAGUAAAGAUGUAAGAAGAUCUGGGCGACCUAGGAACAAACCAAAGGUUGAAGAAGCUAUAGAGAGCAGUAAUGUUGUAAACUAGGGGAGCAGAAACUUAAUUUUGGGAUGAAUAAAAGGUUUUUGGCUGCUUAGUUGGCUUCAUUUGACAGCAAGAGGAAUGGAUUGUCAAUUAGCAUAGAUAGCAAUUGUAAUUUAGGUUGGAAGGGGGCCCGAUUUUGUAGGGAUUGGCUUUGGUAUAAAUUGAUAGUAAUAGAACUGUCCAUAGGUUGGGUUAUUCACCUGUACUAUAAUAUUUUUGAGAAGGUUUGGGUAAAAUUAUUAAACUAAAAUAGGUUUGAGAAAAAAAAAUUAAGUUCAUUUAAAAUAUAGGUUGGAAUUAAGUUUGAACAUUCAAGGUUUCUAAAAUUCUAAUAUAUUAUGUUUUUUUGUAUAA